CUUUAAAAACAAAAUGAUCAUGCCUGCAUUCUUGCCGCCAUCCCAAUUAUUAUGUCAAUUCGAACGCCCUCAAAGCGCUUAGACAGCGCAUCAGGUCUCGCCAACGAGCCAGAAAACCAUGAAACCGCCGCUCAGCCGCGGAUGGCCCGCUCCCUCCUCCUCGGCCUCUCCUGGCUGGACCGCUUCCUGGCUCUUUUCGUCCUAAUAGCCAUGAUUCUCGGCGUGAUAAUAGGACACUACGCCAACAACGUCCAAGCCGUGCUCACAGGUACCACCCUCAAUGGCGUAUCAAUACCCAUCGUGAUCGGUUUACUCGUCAUGAUGUGGCCGAUUCUCACGAAAGUCCAAUAUGAACGCCUUCCAACCCUCUUCCGCAUGGUCCAUAUCUACCGCCAAAUCCUCAUCUCCAUCGUCCUCAACUGGAUCAUCGGACCAUUCGUCAUGCUCGGUGUCGCCUGGGCCACACUUCCUGAUCUCCCUACCUAUCGCAUCGGCGUCAUCAUGGUCGGUCUGGCGCGCUGCAUCGCAAUGGUGAUGAUCUGGAAUCAACUGGCCCACGGCGAUCACGAUUAUUGUGCCAUCCUCGUUAUCAUCAAUUCUGUCCUCCAGAUCAUCCUCUACUCCCCCAUGUCUCUCUUCUUCAUUAAUGUGAUCUCUGGAGAGAAGACCUUCCGGCUGGAAUACGGCCCGACGGCCAUCGCUGUACUCAUCUACCUCGGUAUUCCCCUCGCGGCGGGCAUCCUGACCCGCUUCCUCGUCAUGAAGAUGAUCGGUCGGACCAACUUUGAGACCAAGUUCCUGCCCUAUUUUGGACCUCUGGCGCUGGUUGGGCUCCUCUACACUAUCAUUCUCAUAUUUGCCGAGCAAGCCAACCGCAUCAUCGACAACAUUGGCGACGUCUUCCGCGUCUUCGUCCCGAUGAUCUGCUAUUUCGUGAUCAUGUGGGCUGGGACCUUCUUCCUUAUCUACUGGCUGUCCAGGCGCAAAGGCGGUGCCGAAAAGUACGGCUAUGAAAUGGCCGUCGUGCAGGCAUUCACCGCAGGAUCCAACAAUUUCGAACUCGCCAUUGCCGUCUGCAUCGCGGUGUACGGUGUGGAAUCAGACCAAGCGCUGGCCGCUACCAUCGGCCCUCUCGUUGAGGUUCCGGUCCUCCUCGCCCUCAGCUACGUGUCGCUGCUGUUCAAAUCGCGCCUAAGCUGGAGCGAAAAGGGCUCAGAAAUCAACCUGUCGGUGUGCCACGUGUGAUAGAUAUAGAUAGAUGCAUUGAAAAAUCAAAUUCAGGCA